UGCUCCAGGAGGCGCGGCUCGAGGCCGGAGCUGCGCUCCUGCGAGGCGGGCCAGCUCCCUGGCCUUCCUCAGCCUACCCUCCAGGUUCUGCGCCCCUGGGCGUGGCAAUGGUGCAAACUUGCCGGGAGUCCAGCUCCGGCAGCGGGGAGUCGCGACACCUGGGGCACUUUUCUGGAAGCUGCUGCCAUCCCGCCCUUCCCCCAGCCUCCGCCGGGGUGUUUAUCUUUGCCUCAGCUACUGGCUCUUUCCUCUUUCACUUUUCUUUUCGCUGAAGGUUGGGACUCCCUGGGUUCAGGGCGCCCAGGGGAGCCCCAGCCUACUCGCUCGCAGCAGUCGCAGCCCAAGACCAGGGCAGGGUGCCGGGUGGCCGCCCCCGGCCCUGCAGCCCGGACUCCAUGGAGUGGAAACUUCAGAACCUGAUUUGAAGCUAUAGUUCGGGAAUUUGGAAUUUUCCUGCAGAUUACUGCAUCUGUUCAUACCUAUGGCCACCUGGCUCUUAAAGCAAUGUCCUGUCAUGUGCCAUGCUGCUGAUGUCACAGGAAGCAAAGUUGGUGUUAGCACAUAGCCAGCCUACAGGAGGUUGUGAAGUAUUCUGAAUGGAUGGCUGCUGGAAACCCAUUGCCAUAGCCAGCUCUUCUUCAAUACUUAAGGAUUUACCCUGUCAUUGAGUAAUGAGAAUUUCGAAACCAUAUCUGAGAAGUACUUCCAUCCAGUGCUACUUGUGUUUACUUCUGAACAGUCAUUUUUUAACGGAGGCUGGCAUUCAUGUCUUCAUUUUGGGCUGUAUCAGUGCAGGUCUUCCUAAAACAGAGGCACAAUGGCAGGAUGUAAUAAGUGAUUUGAAAAGAAUUGACAGUCUCAUUCAAUCUGUGCAUAUUGAUGCCACUUUAUAUACUGAAAGUGAUGCUCAUCCCAAUUGCAAAGUUACAGCAAUGAAGUGCUUUCUCCUGGAGUUACACGUUAUUUUGCGUGAGUCCAGAAAUCCGGGCAUUGAUGAAACAGUUGAAAACCUCAUCAUUCUAGCAAACAGCAGUUUAUCUUCCAGUGGGGUAAAGGAAAAAACAUAUUAUAAAAUAUUAUUUCUACAUUCUCCCUGGCAAUAAGUAUAAAGAGCAAACAGGCAAAGGGUCUGGAAUUGCAAACAGAACCAAUACAUAAUUGGUGAGCCCAGAGAUUUUUAAAACCCAUUGACAAGUCUAACUUUAUAUACUCUCAUUUUUUAUCUUACAACAAAGAAUCAAUAAAAUCAUUUUGUUUUGCUGUUGCUGUGAAGGGCUUUUACAUUUUUGAUGUGUUACUCUUACUGUCCAUCAAAUUCAAUGGCUCAUAUGGGCAAACUGAUAUAUACAGUAAGAAAAUCAAGUAAUGGAAUUGAUCACUCUCCUCCCACACACACAGAUAUACUAGAGAACACAUUUUUUUCCCUUCAUCAGUGUUAAACCAGGCUUAGCAUAAGCUCUCUGCAUUCAUAUGUGAGUUAUGGUUAACAUAUGCAUGUCAUGUAUAAAUAUUUUGCCCCAAGGAAAUCCCAUUUCCAUAGAGAUUUAGUUCAAUGCUUCUGAAUGUGUCUGAUGACUGAAUUUCAUCUUCACUAAGGAAUUUAUUAUGCAAAGUAAACUUUAGCUUCAUUGAAAAGUCCCCUAAUUGUAUAAUCUGUCUGAUAUAAUCAACAUAAAAGAAAAAUUAAGGAAUCAUUAAUAAAGAAUUAUAAUUUUUCCCUUAUUAAAAUCAAAAACAGAAACCAGCCUUGAAAAUUCCCUGAGCAGACAAAACUAGUUUAGUCAUACAAAGCUUAAUUUGGCUUACUUUGCAAGAUUAACUUGACAUGAGUCAUUUCUUGCUUAUGCUUCUGAAAAUCAUAAAUAAAACAGUUUCCUAAGGUUCAUAAGAGGUAACCACUGACCUAUUCCCUAUUACUUAAGAAAAUUCUAUUAUAACCACUAUGAAGAAUAAAUAGUCACUGCUUUUUGAGUAUAUAAGCUGCUUUAUAAAAAGGUACCCCUGAACCUCAUUCCGUAUUUUGGGUUAAGUGCACUCUGUCGCAAACUCGUUUUGGUGUUUGAUGUGUGCACAAUAAACUUUUACUAAUUACUACUUUAGUGAUUCACUCAUUUUGCUUCUGUUAUUUCUGAACUUAUAACAUUCUAUG